AUGGUAGUUGAGGUAGACAGUUUUCCGGACCUGACAAUGGUGGCUUUUGCCGUAUCCCAUGUGUUUAGCCUCUUAAACAUUUGUGAAACCAUCGAGUCAAAAAAUUACGCAGUAAUAAGAGCUAUUGAAGCUAUCACAGAGCAACGAGUUGAGUUUCAUAUCAAUGCGUGUAAGUUUAUUCGAUGGGUAAUAACAUUAAGACAUCAUGCCAAAGAUGUUCAUAAUUAUAAAGAAUUCCAAGAUCAAGAAAACACUCUGGAAAACGAGCGUUUAAAACUGAUCAUACUUUUAGACGAUUCUAAGGAGAUUAGAGAUUAUUGCAGAAUCUUGAAAAAUUCGUUUGAUCAGAUAAGAGAAUCUCUGUUAAAGAUACACAAAGAGCUUUCUACGUAUGAAUAUUCACUUCCAGAUAGUAAAAAAGAGAGAGAAGCUAAGAAACAAGAGCUAAAAUAUUUGAACAAAUUUUUUAUAAUCAAGAAUACAGUGGCAAUAAUUCUUUGUUUGGUAUCAUUUGUGCUUAAUACAAUUCCAACUAUCUUUUAUUUAGCAUCGUAUGUAUUUAAUAAGUCUGAUAGAAAAAUUAUUCUUAAUAUCGAAAAUGAGCUGGACGUAAUUAAUGAGAUAUUAGACAAUAAUCUUGAAAAUAUUAAGGUCUUAAAGAGGACUAUCUAUUCGAUCCUUCGAUGCAUGAUCGAAUUCGAAUUAAUUUGUGAGGUUCAAGAAAAUAGAAUUUCCUACCUUAUUCGAAAUCUAGAACUUGACGAAAAUUCGGAUAAUAAUAAUUUAAUUCACAUGACAAUCGCGCUAAUUAGAAUCAAAUGGUAUGGGGUAUAA